AUGUCUGGAAGCGCAGGCUACGACAGACAUAUCACUAUCUUCUCCGACCAGGGUCGUCUGUACCAAGUCGAAUAUGCGUUCAAGGCCAUCACCUCUGCAAACAUCACCUCUAUCGGCGUGAGGGGGAAGGACUGUGCUAUUGUCGUCUCCCAGAAGAAAGUGGCUGACAAACUAAUCGACCCGUCCUCCGUCUCACAUGUCUUCAAGAUCUCGCCCUCCGUGGGUUGUGUGAUGACCGGCUCGAUAGCAGAUGCCCGCGCCUCCGUCGACCGAGCCCGCGGAGAGGCUGCUGAGUUCCGCUACAAGUUCGGAUAUGAGAUGCCCUGCGAUGUACUGGCGAAGCGAUUGGCAAAUAUCAACCAGGUCUACACACAACGAGCCUACAUGCGACCACUCGGUGUGGCCAUGACCCUGAUCUCCGUCGAUGACGAGAAUGGUCCGCAGCUCUACAAGUGCGACCCGGCUGGCUACUAUGUCGGGUACAAGGCGACAUCCUCUGGCCCCAAGCAGCAGGAGGCGCAGAACUACCUGGAGAAGAAGCUGAAGAACAAGGAUGCGGCGCCCGGCAGCUGGGAGGAAGUUGUGGAGCUGGGCAUUACGGCCCUGAGCAAUGUGCUGAGUGUCGACUUCAAGAAACACGAGCUGGAGGUUGGCAUUGUGGGUGGCCCGCAAUCAGACGGCAAGGAGGGUACUACUACAGGGUUCCGGGCUCUGACAGAGGAGGAGAUUGAUGAACGGCUGCAGGCCAUAGCCGAGAAGGACUAG